AUGGCUGAUAAUUCAUCUUUAGAUAUCCAAGUUGUCAAGAGAGGUAUCCUCGAAGGUCACUCUGACUGGGUCACUUCCAUCGUCGCUGGUUUCUCCCAAAAGGAAAACGAAGACUCCCCUGUCUUGAUCUCCGGUUCCAGAGAUAAGACCGUCAUGAUCUGGAAAUUGUACGAAGAAGAACAAAACGGUUACUUCGGUAUCCCCCACAAGGCCCUCACUGGUCACAACCACUUCGUCUCCGACUUGGCCCUCUCUCAAGAAAACUGCUUCGCCAUCUCCUCUUCUUGGGAUAAGACCCUCAGAUUGUGGGAUUUAAGAACUGGUACCACCUACAAGAGAUUCGUUGGUCACCAAUCUGAAGUCUACUCCGUUGCCUUCUCCCCUGAUAACAGACAAAUUCUCUCCGCUGGUGCCGAAAGAGAAAUCAAGCUCUGGAACAUUCUCGGUGAAUGCAAGUUCUCCUCUGCUGAAAAGGAAAACCACUCUGACUGGGUCUCCUGCGUUAGAUACUCCCCCAUCAUGAAGUCUGCCAACAAGGUUCAACCCUUCGCUCCUUACUUCGCCUCUGUCGGUUGGGACGGUAGAUUGAAGGUCUGGAACACCAACUUCCAAAUCAGAUACACCUUCAAGGCUCACGAAUCCAACGUUAACCACUUAUCCAUCUCCCCCAACGGUAAGUACAUCGCCACCGGUGGUAAGGAUAAGAAGCUCUUGAUCUGGGAUAUCCUCAACCUCACCUAUCCUCAAAGAGAAUUCGACGCUGGUUCCACCAUCAACCAAAUCGCUUUCAACCCCAAGCUCUAAUGGGUUGCCGUCGGUACCGACUAAGGUGUCAAGAUCUUCAACCUCAUGACUCAAUCCAAGGCUCCCGUCUGCACCAUUGAAGCUGAACCCAUCACCAAGGCUGAAGGACAAAAGGGUAAGAAUCCCCAAUGUACCUCUUUGGCUUGGAACGCUUUGGGUAAGAAAUUAUUCGCUGGUUUCACCGAUGGUGUCAUCAGAACUUUCUCUUUCGAAACCUCUGCUAACUGA